UAUUUAAUGUGCUCUAUUUCCCGUCCUACAAACUAUUUCAUCCAUAUCACGAAAUUGUGUGAUUUAAAUAAAUUAAGUGGAGAUUUUUAUAUACACGAAGAACAACAAAUUGUAAAUGUUUAAAUACAUGCGAUUCGUUGUAUAUUCUGUCUAUUGAGCCAUCAAUAAUACAUGUAAUUUCAUGGCAAACGUGUUCGGGAUUUAGGAAAACUUAGAAUGUUGUGUACUUGCACCCGGAAAAGACUCUUUAGUUGCUGUGUUUGAUUUCUUGUUGCUACAAAUGCAAUUAAAUAAAACAGAUACAUUCAGAAACAAAUUGAUUAAACGGUGUUCAUCAGACUCAGAGUCUAGAUUGCCAUGUGCUAUUGAUAAAAAUAUAUAUGUUUGCAAUACAUUUUCGUGACCAUAAACAUGCCAUUGUCUUAAACAGAUACAAUUGGUACGAUUAAGUUCAGGUCUGUUUUGAGAACAUGACACAUGUUUGAUAUACUGAAGAUGCAGUUUUCUCGUUUGAAACGCUACCAAAAAGCUGGUGUGCUUGGUGUACCAGUUAUUUUCUUCAUAACAAUCGUGGUUUUAAAUUCAAAGCUCUUGUCAUCGUCAACUGGUGGUGGAGACCAGAGAAAAUUGCGACUUGUACAUGCUCAUUCUGAGCGAUCAGCUGAAAGGUUUAAACCAGAACGUUUGAGAAUGUCUCAUCCUUCAGAUCUGGUGUAUGAUGCUGAAAAACUUAUGAUGCUUGGCAGGAUAAAUGACGACAAAGAUCAAAAGCAAAAGGAGGAAGGUUCAAGUCUGUAUGCGUUCAAUGAGCUACUAAGUAGCCGUUUGAGUCUGAACAGAGCCAUUCCUGACACGAGACAUCAACUCUGUCACACCCAGACUUACAGAUCUGACCUCCCAAAGACCAGCGUGAUCAUUUGUUUCUACAACGAAGCCUGGUCAAUUCUUCUGCGGACCGUGCACUCUGUUAUCAACAGGACACCUACCAGUCUCUUACAUGAAAUAGUGCUGGUUGAUGAUGCAAGUGAUCUCAACCUGUCCCAUCUGCAGGAAAAACUAGCCAUAUACAUCUGGGAGCUUCACCCAAACGUGACUUUGGUUCGAACUCCAACACGACAAGGCUUGAUACGCGCAAGAAUGUAUGGUGCCCACGUUGCCACUGGAGAGGUACUAGUGUUCUUAGAUAGUCACUGUGAAGUAAAUGCGCAAUGGUUAGAGCCACUUCUAACGUCUCUAGCGAGCACCAAAAAGCCAACAAUCGCUGUACCUGUGAUUGAUGCGAUCAACUCGGGAACGUUCGAGUACAAAGAAUCCCCUCUGGUCAAAGGUGGUUUUAACUGGGGCCUGCACUUCCAAUGGGAGCAAUUGCCAGCAGAUUAUUUUAAAAACAAUGAAAGCUAUAUUCAGCCCAUCGAGACGCCCACAAUGGCUGGGGGGCUGUUUGCCGUGUACAGACAAGUCUUCAGGGAUAUGGGCGAGUACGAUGCAGGCCUGGACACGUGGGGAGGGGAAAACCUGGAGAUAUCAUUUCGAUUUUGGCAGUGCGGGGGAAAGCUGGAGAUUGUUCCAUGUUCCCGCGUUGGUCACAUUUUCCGCCAGCGUCGCCCAUACGAAUCGCCGAGUGGUGAAGAUACCAUGCUGAGGAACUCAGUUCGGGUGGCAAAAGUCUGGAUGGAUGAGUACAUUCAACAUUUCUUUUCUACGAAAAGCUACGCAACAAGCGUGCAGUAUGGCGACAUUUUUGACAGAGUGGCUCUCAGGCAAAAGUUGAAUUGCAAACCCUUCAAGUGGUAUUUGAAACACAUAUACCCCGAGUUACAGGUACCAGGGGAAUCGAGCAAUGUCAAACUUACGGUUCCCAAGACGGGUAAUCAGCCGGUCUAUGUUAAACACGGUCAGAUUGAGCACAAAUCCACUCAGCUUUGCCUGCAGCCAGAAGGAGGCAACAUUACGAGGGAUGUGAAAAUAUUACUUGGACAAUGCGCCAGUAGCAGAAUGGAAUGGUACGAGACCUCGGAUCAGGAGCUCAUGCUGUCACAGAAGUUCUGUCUGGAAGCGGCAGACAAAGUGGGGGAGUCAGGGUACGCUAGGCUCGGCAAAUGCGACGGCAUGAAAGUGAAGCAGGCUUGGAUAUGGUCUAUAAGGAAUAUGGUGUAUCAACUUUACAAUCCGACCAGUGGAAAGUGCUUGGUGCCAGCAAAUAUUAAUGAGAAGAAGUACCUUGUACUCGAGAUAUGUUCAGCAGAAAAACAGUCACAGUUCGAAAUGAAAGUCACCUAGCAAACAUGGCUUAGAAGGUCUCUUGAGUGUUCAUGCCAGGACUAAAUAUAUAUAUAUAUAUAUAUAUAUAUAUAUAUAUAUAUAUAUAUAUAUAUAUAUAUAUAUAUAUAUAUAUAUAUAUAUAUAUAUAUAUGCUUGUAUAGUACAUGGCAGACAUGAGAUAGAAGUGAUUGAAUAUCUCGGGAAAUAUGUACCGGGAAAUCAGUAUGAGGAAAAAAUACUCGCAUUUUCUAACAUUCCUACAAUUCCUCAUUAUCAGGCUAUUUGUCUGUCCGCCAGUUUGUCCGUGACACGUUCAUGUCUGCUCCAUAUCUCCAAUAUCCUCAGAUAGAUUUUCAUCAAACUUUCCUCAAAUGUAGAGGACAUGUUGACCAUGACCAGAAGGAAUGAGUCAGUCAUCCCAGCUGAAGAUCAUGGUCAAACGUCAAGGUCAAAGGUUUGAGCAUCCAUCGUCUAUACCCUUUGAAAGAAUUCCAAUAAAUGUUGCUCAAAUGUUAUGGUCAUUCAGACAAUGUGCAUAAGGCAUUUGUCAGUGAUGCCGGCUCAUGGUUAAGGUCGUACUUGAAGUAAAUAAAAAAUGAGCCUUUACCUUCUUGUACAAUCCAUAUCUCCUACAUAGAUUGAAUGAUUUCAUGAAAGUUUACUUCAAUAUAAGUAAUUGUGAUGAUGUCAAUGUGGCAUGAGUCAGUUAAGGUGGGUCAAGGUCAUACUUCACUUUCAAUGGUUAGAGCCUUAAUUUGUCAUGUCUGCUCCAUAUUUCUUAUACCCUUUAAAGGAUUGUAUAACAUUAUUAAAUGCUUAGGUCAUUGAGACAAUGUACAUAAGGCACGAGUCUGUCUUGCUGGCCUUAGGUCAAGGUCAUUCGUCAUGGUCAAAAGUUAGAGCCUCUACUUUUGUGUCUGAUACAUAUCAUCUAUACCUUUUAAAGGAGUUUAAUAAAACUUGGUGACAAUGAUUAGAAUCUCAUAAUACUUAUUGUGGAUUUCUCUUAAAUUUUUCCCUUAGGAUAUCUCUAAAGAAUUUUCCGUAAGCUUACUAUUACCAUUUCUCUUUUGUUUUUAUGCCCCCAGUAGGGUGGCAUAUAGCAGUUGAACUGUCAGUCAGUCAGUAUGUCAGUCAGUCUGUCCGUCCGUCAAAAAAAAAAACUUUAACAUUGGCCAUAACUUUUUCAAUAUUCAAGAUAGCAACUUGAUAUUUGGCAUGCAUGUGUAUGUCAUGAAGCUGCACAUUUUGAGUGGUGGAAGUUCAAGGUCAUCCUUCAAGGUCAAAGGUAAAAAAAUAAUUCAAAGCGGGGUUCUCAUGAAGCUGCACAUUUUGAGUGGUGGAAGUUCAGGGUCAAGGUCAUCCUUCAAGGUCAAAGGUCAAAAAAAGUACUUUUUUUUUUCAAAGCGGCCCAAUAGGGGGCAUUGUGUUUCUGACGAACACAUCUCUUGUUUCCUUAAGAUUUCCCAUCAAAGCUUUGUGAAGACGAGCUGAUGUUUAAAAGCAGGUGAAAUUAAUUUGACAGGCUGAGUAAAUAAGUUUAUGCCUGUAUUGUGUUUAUGCAGCUGUUUGCAAUAAAUUUCAUGAUCGUGAUAAUGUGUCCCUAAAUAAUAACUAUGAAUGUCAACAGGUACCAGUAAGCCUAGCUGUAUGGUGCUUUGUCAACAAUGUGAUAUUUGGCAACAAAAGCUAAGGCAGUGAUUAUUAUGGUCAAUUGUAUUAGAAACUUUGACGACAUUCAACUUUGGAUUGCGCAAUUAUAUUAUCUUAAUGUGGGCCUUACUUGGAAGCAAGAAGAUGCUGUAGUCCAAUAGUGACAUUGAAUUGAUUUUUAUAUUAAUUAAUUAAUCUCUAUAGUUAAUUCCGAGAUUGUGUGUGUUUUUGUUUGUGAAAUAUUUUGUACAAAUGUGUACAAUUCAAGGUUAUGUUACAUGCUCAUUGUCAAUUAUAUGUAUUACAUGCACUGUCACUCAAUAAGAAGAUAAAUUUAAGAACUAAAUACAUUUUAUUUAAUGUGUGGGUAGUGUUAUACAUCUUGUUAUUGAAACAUAUCAGAUAACAUUAUUAAGUACUUAUUUUAGUAUGCAAGUACUGACAUUAACCAGAUUUACAUUCUUUGUACAGUUGAUUAUAUAUACAUGUGGGAAAGAUGGGGGCUAGGCCAACAAUCUUUAGUUUGUACGAAUAAAGAAACCAAUGGUCAAUGUACACAAGGACAAUUUAUGAAUAUUUUAAAUAGUCUUUUCUGUGAUACAUUGUUUAAAUACCCCACUUUGAAGAUGGCGGCAUAUAGCUGUCACACUAUACAUGUCCUUUUGAUAUGUCUUUGGAAUAUUGCAUAGUAAAAAUUGUUGAAUAUUUUAGUAUAUACAAAUUAGGUUUUUAUUAUAUGUAAUUUUUAUGUUCCCGGAUCAAAUGAUCGGGGGCAUAUUGUCUUUAGCCUGUCUGUCUGUCAUUCUGUCCCAAAACCUUGGUUAAAGUUUUGCCAUAACUUUUGCAAUAUUGAAGAUAGCAACUUCAUUUGGCAUGCAUGUGUAUCUCAUGAAGCCGCUCAUAUUGAGUGGUGAAAGGUCAAGGUCAUCCUUUAAGGUCAAAAGUAAAGAAUACAAUCCAAGGGAAGUAAUAAGCUUUAAAGGGAGAUAAUUUCUAAACCUGCCAAAUGAUAUAAUGAAAUUUUAUUUCAAAGCGGCGCAAUAGGGGGCAUUGUGUUUCUGACCAACACAUCUCUUGUUUAUGACGUAAAAAACAUGCUUAAAUAUCCUGUAACAACUGUUCAUCAUGUCAAAACAGCACUUUUCGUAUACAUUACAGAUUGUUUCUGUAUUAUUGGUUUAUUGUCUUUGAAAAAGUUGUUAAGGAAAAAAAUUAUAUUUACAUUACUAUACCAUUUUCCUAAAUAUCUGUCUUCAAAUAUGUAUACAAUAAACUAAUUCUUUGACUUAAAUAUAUAAAAAUCAAGUUUUCCAAUGAAAUGUUAAACCUUUUUAGAAAAUUAUCGAUUCUUGUCGAAAUUCUUUCAGAUACAAGUAAUUAUUCCAUUUUCUUGAAGAGUUUGGUAAAAAUCAGUUUAUACCUCAACUUUUUCUGAAUGCUUAUUAAAACAUUUGUUGAACAUGUUUCUGCAAUUUUCAGAGAUUCUUUUGUGUACGGCUAUGUCUACAAGGGUCAAGUGAUAUUUGAUUAUCAUAAAAUCUGUUGAAACAACAUUUAGCAAAUAGCAUAUGGCAGGGUGUUAAAUAAUCAUCAAUUUUGUUGGAACAUUAAAUAUCACUGAAUGCAUCAAAUAUUGCUAUUUGUUGCCCUAGACAGGUGCUGCAUGCUAGUGCCAUGCCAACAGGUUUUAUAUUCUUGUUCUGUAUAUAAGAAUUCCAAUAAUCGUGCAAUAAACAAUUAUCAUCCAAUAAUGUUGAAACUACAGCAGUGAUAAAAAGCAACCUUGGCUCAAGCCUUGUGUGAAUUUGAUCUGGCAACAUGUAAUAUGUGAAAAUCCAAAGUCAAUGACACAAUAAAAGCUAUAAAUCAG